GGCUGCAAGCGUCUCCCCGUGCCACACUAUAACGAGCAGGGGGAAUCCUGCGCACGGCGCGCGCGAUGGCGACCGCCGCCUCGAAUCCCUACAGCAUCCUCAACUCCAGCUCCCUGGUCCAUGCAGACUCAACGGGGAUGCAGCAGGGGAGCCCUUUCCGGAACCCCCAGAAACUUCUCCAAAGUGACUACUUGCAAGGCGUGCCUAGCAACGGGCAUCCGCUGGGGCACCACUGGGUGACCAGCCUGAGCGAUGCGGGCCCCUGGUCGUCCACCCUGAGCUCCAGCCCGCUGGACCAGCCCGACGUGAAGCCCGGGCGGGAGGACCUGCAGCUGGGGGCCAUCAUCCAUCACCGCUCGCCUCACGUCAGCCACCACUCGCCUCACCACCCCAGCCACCCCAAUGCCUGGGGAGCCAGCCCGGCGCACAGCUCGGCGCUCACGUCGAGCGGGCAGCCCCCGCCGCCGCCGCCUCCCUUGAACGUCUACUCUCAGGCCGGCUUCACGGUCAGCGGGAUGCUGGAGCACGGCGGGCUGACGCCGCCGCCGGCCUCGGGGACGCCGCAGGCCAUGCACCAGGUGCUACGGGACACGCCGGAGCACGGCGAGCUGGGCUCGCACCACUGCCAGGACCACUCGGACGAGGAGACGCCGACGUCGGACGAGCUGGAGCAGUUCGCCAAGCAGUUCAAGCAGCGGCGGAUCAAGCUGGGCUUCACGCAGGCCGACGUGGGCUUGGCGCUGGGCACCCUCUACGGCAACGUCUUCUCGCAGACCACCAUCUGCCGCUUCGAGGCUCUGCAGCUCAGCUUCAAGAACAUGUGCAAGCUCAAGCCGCUGCUGAACAAGUGGCUGGAGGAGGCCGACUCCUCCACGGGCAGCCCCACCAGCAUCGACAAGAUCGCCGCGCAGGGCCGGAAGCGCAAGAAGCGGACCUCCAUCGAGGUGAGUGUCAAAGGCGUGCUGGAGACCCAUUUCUUGAAAUGCCCCAAGCCGGCGGCGCAGGAGAUCUCCUCGCUGGCAGACAGCCUGCAGCUGGAGAAGGAGGUCGUGCGGGUCUGGUUUUGCAACCGACGGCAGAAAGAAAAGCGCAUGACUCCGCCAGGGGAGCCGCCGCAGCCGCACGAGGUUUACUCGCAGCAGCACGCCGUGAAAACAGACUCCAGUUGCCACGAUCUCUGACUAUGAAGGACCCACUUGGGGACUGGGCAGCGGCGCGGAUCGUUGGGUGCCAUCACAGCUUCUUCUUUUUCCUCUCACCAGGAUUUGUAGCUUAUGUUCGACGUCCCUUCACAAAACAAAACAAUCUGGCCACAGCACUACAGAAAGGAAAGGAAAAAAUCGCGGGGCGGGGGGGCUCUCUCCAGUUUUGCAUCCUUCACAGCACUCCAGGAAAAAAAAAAUACCUAGAAUUAAAACUAAUAAUAAUAAUAAUAAUAAUUAAUAGGAAAGGGGGGAUGGAGGGUGAGCCAUCUCUUUCCUGUUGUCUGAGGGCAGUAUAUAAAUAUAUUUAUCCAUAUUAUAUACAUAUACAUAUUUUGUUAUUCCUUCCUCCAGUCUUUUGUCUUCCUCGCCGAUUCGUAUGCUCAAAAAAGUCCAAAGCUUUUGUUUGAAAAAUCGCCAGUAUGAAAACAAAACCAAACGAAGCCCAUCUUUCUCUCUCACUAUAAAUACAGGUGCUUUUUUUUUUUUUUUUUUUAAGACAAGACGUGCCUGUGAAUAGCCUUUCAGCGCCUUGGUCAGAUCCGGUGUAUUUUCAAAGGAUUUUAUUUUAUUUUUUAUUUUUUGGAUCGACGUUUAGCUUGGCGGGACUUGGCUUACUGGUUCAAAAGGGGACGGCGACGUGGCGGCCUCUCCAAGGUCGGAGGUGUUUUACUACAAUGUACACGCAACAUGAGGGACCUGAAAUUGUAACGCGCUUGAUCAGCCCUUCAGUUGAUUGGCCUUUCAAUUGAUCAGCCCUAUUGUAUGCCACUGAUUAUAUAUGUGUGUAUUAUUUGGAGCAAAGGCAAAUUUAUUCUACGAAUUUCCCAAACCCCACCAGAAAAGGAGAAGCCGAAUGCCCCCUUCUCUAAAUCCCAAAGACAAAAGGAAGAGGUGCCUACAUAGAAAGAUCUUGAUUUUCUUCCUCUAUUCCCAUUCCUAUUUAUUUUAGUAACUUUCAACUCUUGUACGAUCUCAGCAUAGAUAUUCUCUUGUGGAACGAUCCCCGCCCCAGUUCCCUCUCUGAUGUUGACUCUGCCAACAAAGAUCAAAGAUCUAAAAUGAAACCUCACCAACAUUUUAAUUUUUAUUUCAAAGCGCAAUUUCCCGGUCUCUCGCUAUCCGAUUUUUUAAUAUAAGGAUCAUUGCUCGGCGUCCGACAGCGGUCUGUAGUAAAAACACUCUUCCUUUUGGAAGCUUUAGCUUCGGAAUUAACCGGUUGGCCUGCGUUUCCUUUAAAGAAAAAUCGGAGUAGGUUGAAAUGAAUUGAGGAAGGGGGUAGUAGUUUGGAGAGAGGAGGUAAUCAUUUGCUAUGACCUUACUGAUAUGGAAAAAUUAUGCUUUAGGAGGAAAUGCUAAACAUGUCAAAAAACGGAGCUUUCAAAAAUGUGUUUCCUAAAAGAAAGGACAUGAUGAACAUGUUAUUUGGGUUGUAGGAGGUUUCAUUUGGAUGUAGGAAACAGAAUCUGCUCCAGUUGGAGGUGUGUGUGUGUUUACAGAGGGGCACUUGUAGUGGUGUGUACACACACACACACACACACACACACACGACUAGUGGCGCAUUGUCUGUCUAUACACAUGUAUACAGACCCAAAGUAAACAUACAUAUAUCUGAAGCAGACGCAACCAAAACGUGACACCAAAAGGAAUCGAUCCCCAUGCAUGUGUUUGACAGAGCAGUAAGUAGAUGGAUACAAAUCUUUAUCCUACCCCCAAAGUCCAGCAAAUUAUGUCCCCGCCCCCAGUCUAUCUUACACAUCAAUAUAAUAUGAAAGGCCCUAUACCCGAAAUGUGCAUCCCUGGAACAGAGGAAAUACGCUGCCAGUUUAAUUGCAGAAAAAGGACCUCGCCAUCCCCAUUUGUCUUUUUUUCAUCCCCCUUCCCCUUCUUCUAGCAUCACCAUUUUCAUUUUGACAUUUCUAUUCCACCCCCCCCCCCAGUAAUCUUGAAUCUGCGCUAAUAUCCCAACACUGAAGACCCUGCUAUCUCUCUGCCAACUUUAUAUUAAAAAAGUGUACAGUUUUGUAUAUUCUAAACGUUUUUUGGGAAGUUAUUAAUUUAAAAGAAAAAAAGAUCAUUUAGAUUAUUCAUUUAGUAACGGAUGUAUAAUAAACGCUAUUUUCAUUAAAGUUGCUUUUUUCAACUAUUUUAUUCCAAAUUGCCUAUCGCAGUUGCCGACAAUUAUUUAUUUUCAAUAAAUUCCGCAUUAUGUUUAAAAAUAAAUUUAAAAAAUCAUUAAAAAAAAUACCCGAAGCGGCUGUCGAAAGCAAGGAAGGAUUAAGAAAAGCGGUUCGCUUGUGAUGUUUGACUGUCAACCAAUUUUAGUCGAGGUGGGUUUAUAUUGACGCAAUAUUUUAUUGUUGUAAAGACACACACACACAAAAGGUCUAAAUAAAACAUUUUUACAAAUUA